AUGCCUACCGAUCGAAUUCAUGUGGUUAAUAAUGAAUAUCGAAAAAAUACAAAACCUAUUAUGGAAAAACGUCGACGAGAAAGAAUUAAUAGAAGUCUUGAAGAGUUAAAAAAUUUGAUUUUGGAUAGUUCUAGUAGUGGAAAUGUUCGAAGUCAUAAAUUGGAAAAAGCUGAUAUUUUAGAAAUGACUGUAAAACAUUUAAAACUUGUACAUAAACAAAAACUUGUUGCUGCUGCUGCCAUUGAUCCAUCAAUUAUUUCAAAAUAUCGUGCAGGUUACGGAGAAUGUGCAAAUGAAAUAAUUCGAUUUUUAACUAAUACACCUCAUAUAGAUUCAGAAUUGAAAAAUAAACUAAUUGAUCAUUUAUCGACUCGUCUUCAAACAUUAUCCACUUCUCGUUUAACAGACCGUAACAAUAAUAAUAAUGAUCGUGUACAUCAUUCAUCUCUGCCUGUCGCAUAUCUUUCUCCACAUUAUCUACAACAACAGUCUCAAUAUUAUUCUUCAACACCACCAGUCUAUGGAACAAUUAAAAGUAAUACUGAUUAUUCUCAAAAAAAUCAAGUACAUCAUAAUUCAUCUGAACUAUAUAUCGGUGGAAGAGAAAAUUAUUCAGUAUUAGCAGCAAAUUCGUCAACAAAUAAUCAAUAUAUAUUUAUUUUACCACAAACUGAUCCAACAGCAAAUUCAUCUGAUUGUUCAAAUUCAACGGACUCAUGUUCAACACUAGAUUCGCCUACGAAAGUAUGGAGACCAUGGUGA